UUUCAAAUAAAAUAUCUCACGUAAAACUUUUUAAGGAAUUUUAUUCUUAUUCAGAGUGAAAUGCUAAAAACAUGAAACGCUAUGCUCGUAUCAGCCAGAAUGUUUUGUGCUUGAUUCCACGAAAAGCAAUUGCUUGGAUAAUGCUUAUAAUGGCUGUCCUUACAAUAUUUUCUUUCUUGGCUAUUGAAGUUAGAAGAUUAGUUUGGUUAAAAACUCUCACAUUUGAAAAUCAAUCGAACGCAAUCAAUUUUACUUCAGAAAAAGAACUGAUAACUGAUGAACAUUCCUCUACGAAAAACACAAGUGAUUUACCAGAAUUGAAAUCUGCUUCUUACGAUAUGAUGUACGCAAACACUGAAAUUAUUCCUAUGAUGGAAUUAACUGUUGAAGGUCUCCUUGGAAAAGAAUCUUUUUGCCAAGGGCAUGUGUUUUUACUUGUAUUAGUGACAUCUGAACCGCAUCAUUUUGAGCAACGAGAAGCCAUUAGAAAAACGUGGUCAAAUCAAAUCAUGAGUCAUGGUUUACGAACGAGAACUGUUUUUCUUGUGGGAAGGUCAGAAAAUAAGUUUCUGAAUGUCUUAGUGAAAUACGAAAAGGAUAUAUCAAAUGAUAUUUUGGCAGGUGCUUAUAUAGACACGUACCAAAAUCAAACUGUAAAGGUGCUGCAUGGAUUAAAAUGGGCUUUAAACACCUGUAAACCAUCAUAUGUGUUACGAAUAGACGAUGACAGUUUUGUGAAUCUCCCUAUCUUAGUGAGAUUUUUAUCUAAUCCAUUUCAUACUACACAUAUUCUAACAUAUUCAAGACAAUUUUGGCAUGACUCAGGCGAAUAUAUUCAGAAAUCAAACAUUCCAAUAAAAUAUAUAAACGAUAUUGGAUAUGUGUUAAGUUUAGAUGCUUUAAGUAAGCUUGUUGACUAUCUCGAUGAAGUUCGAUUAUUUUUCACUAAGGACGUUUACACUGGCGGAGCAAUACAUUUAUUGUCAAAUGCAAGAUCAAAGAAUGGUGCUCAGCUGACAAAUAAAUCGAACUUGUGGAAUGAUUGCAAUUUUCACGACUUACUUAUUGUCCAUCCAGUUAAACCACAUCACCAGAAGGAAUUACUGGAUUUGGUAGUUGAAGCACUAGAGGAAUGUCCGAAAAGAGAUGCAAUAGGUUUCGAAUAUUGAUAGAGGAA